CAUCGGCGCCUCAUGAUUUUCCGGCGCCGACUGAAAUUUUUGGGCGAACAUCGACUCCAACUUUGAUGUUGAAGACGAUUCUUUUGCGCAGUUCAUUCAGCAAGUCCAUCACCGCGCAAACUCAUGGCAGUCACAGCUCUUCCGGCGAAAGCGACGACGACGGUGUCUGUCAGACACCCCAAGGACUCACCGUACCAGCUCGACCCCGAGCAGACACUUAAAGCCUCUCGAGCCCUUCUACAGCACGUGCAGGCUGAAACAAAACGCUUACAGGAGGCUUCGAAUAAGAAGAGUCUUCUUGCUGCCGAUGCGUCUGACUCGGAUGAAGAGGUGGCCGGUGAUGCAGAGGCGCCGAUAUGGCUCACCUUGACCACAAAACAGCACAUUGUCGACCAGACACGCCUGAAACCCAGCAAAAUAACGGUCCCGCACUCGCUCAAUACUUCUUCCGACCUUCGAAUAUGCUUGAUCACUACAGACCCCCAACGAGCGGUCAAGAAUGUCGUGGCCGACGACGCAUUUCCCGCAGAUCUCAAGUCCCGAAUCACACGAAUUAUCGGCUUCACGAAACUGAAGGCUAGAUACAAGACGUUCGAACAGAGGAGGCAGCUGCUGUCGGAACACGAUAUAUUUCUCGCCGAUGACCGUAUAAUAACUCGAUUGCCUGCGGUACUAGGAAAGGUGUUCUACAAGAGUACCUCAAAGAGGCCCAUACCCAUUUCAAUCGGAAAGCAGGAAAGGGGGAAGAAAGAAGGGUCAAAGAAACAGUCCAAAGGAGAAGGAUCCGCUCCGCCCGUCUCCCCAGCAGCUCUCGCCAAGGAAAUUGAGAAGGCCAUCAACGCUAUUCCAGUCAGCCUCAGACCGGGAACGUUGGUAGCCGUGCGAGUCGGCCUCGUUUCGUUCAAGCCCGAGCAGCUGGCGGACAAUAUCGCCGCCGUCGUCCAAAAUCUGAUCGACAAGCACGUGGCCAAGGGGUGGAGGAAUGUGAGAGGUAUUCACAUCAAGGGUCAAUCGUCGACUGCUGUACCGAUCUGGUUGGCCGAUGAACUUUGGACAGAAGCCGAUGACGUCGCUGCCAACGAAGUUGAGAGCGGCGAAGUUGACGUGGAAGAACAAGGAGAGAAGCGGAAGAGAAACCCUGAAAGCGCCAAAGGUCCGCAAGUGGGUUCGCGGAAAAAGGCGAAGGUUGCGAAUGAGAAGGAUGAGAAGUCCACGGCAGAGCGUGGGAUGGCCGAAGCAAGGAAAAGUAAACUGGCUGCUCAGAAAGCCCGUAUAUUUGGAGAAGGGGUGUGAUCCUCACCAUCGGUUAAGGCAUACAACGUAGUACUUGGUACGAUACCAUGACGUUCAAGAUAAUAGAGGCGCCUGGCGCAAGGUUUUAGAUACCCUUCGAAUGAAACGGAUGCCAGGUCAUGGCUGGGAGUUGAUCACCA